AUGUUGACCAAGAAGUUUACCUUUCUCUUUACUGCCAUCACUGCCUUUCUGUUGGGUUUCAACCUUCAGCCAGAGAACCUUGCUUUCAAAGCAACCGUGGCUCCUGCUGUUACUCUCGGUGAGGACAUUCCAUCAUCGCCAAUAACCAAUAAGGCAUCGAUUUCGCUGAACUUGAACUUUGAGAUUGAUCCUCAAGUCAUUGAUCUGUUCGAAACUGUUACCACUGAAUGCCAACAACUGUACAAGGUUUACGAGCCAGUUGCAAUCGAUCUAUUCAACACUGCAUCUGAUGAGCUUGCUCGGGCCUACGAGACAUACCAACCAAUUGCAUGGGAAUUGUUUGACGAAACAGUUCGCCCACUUGCGUUGGAUCUGCUUGACAUUAUCUCUACUGAAUUCCAGCAACUGUACCAGGGGUCUAUCGCUGAAGAUGUGUCGGUUCUUUAUUCUCUUUUCGACUAUGGACGAAUCGAGGUUAUGGCCGUGAGCAAUUAUGAUGCUACUAUCAGCAAUCAGUCUUUUGUAAUUGCCAACCAAACUGGUCUUGCAGCACCAGUGGUGAAGGCGAAUCAUCGUCUCACCAGCAAUGUCACCAAUCUGACAACCGUCAAAGGACAUGUUGCUGAAAUCCAAGAUUCAUAUUCGCCAUUGCCAUUGAGUAUUGCUACCAAUCUCAGCAAGAAUGGCAGGAUUGUCCUUGUGGAUAUGGGAACCAUCGCGUUGUCUUCUUUCACCACCACCAUGCAUUCCAAAAAGAACAUGACUUCACCUACUAUGAAUUCCAAGAAGAACUCGACUACUUUCACUCUGGAUAAAAAGAAUAUGACUUCGGUUACUUUGGAUUCUUCCAAGAACUCGACCACUUUCAGUAUUACUUCAAAGAAGAACGUCAUGUCGUCUCCACUACCACGAACGGCUUCCUUGGACUUGAACCUUGGGAUUCACUCUCAAGCCAUGGAUCUCAUCGAUACUAUCUUUUGGGAGUGCCAGAAACUCUACGUGAAGUACCAACCACUUGUCUUGGAUUUCUAUGAAAAGUACCAACCAGUUGCCGUGGACCUAGUCAAAAGGGUCGCUGCCGGAUGCCAAGAAUUUUACAAAACUGUCAAGCCAAUUGUUAUGGAUCUAUUGGCCACCCUCUUUGAUGCCUGCCAAUCAUUCAUGGAAGAUUUAAAUGAAAACGAUUCUUCUUCCAGCAGCAGCACCACCACCACCCAGCCUCUUUCCGACGAACAAGCCUCCACCUGCAUUGCAUUCGCACAAGUGGAUGCCUUUAAAUCGUUCCUGUAUUGCUACGAGAAUUACGAUUCUGCGGUUCAAGACUUGACAGAUACUUGCGGUUCCAUCCAUCAUGACCUCGUAUUGGGUUGCAUCCGCACACACUUUUCAUCAUCCUCCGUUGCUCCAUUAUCGUCAAAGACGUCGAAUCACAUUGAUAAUGAUACGCCUAGGAGAACGGGCAUGGCUGAGAAGGAGGAUUUGCAGCAAAAUGAUGCUGAUGGUGGAAGUAAUAAUGAUUACACCAAUGCCAACACCAGGACUAGCAGCAAGAAGUCGUCUGAAUACGAGUCCUACUACUACUAUAUGGGAGAACCGACUCGUACGUUUGUGAGCAAGCCGCCUCUUUCGUCUAGGCUAUAUGGUCAUGCAGAAGUUUUUGUCACGUCAGCGUCCGAGAACCUCAUUGAAUUGUGCGACAUUCUUUGGACCUUGGGGUAUGCCAUUGCCGAGAGCAUUGUCUACAACAUCCAACAUGAAAUCAUGAAACAGUUGUAA